UUGAGUUGCGACAUCGGAUUUAAUAACGACCUGAGAGUGCAUAAUACUAGGACGCCGCGAACACAUAGUCGAUGCGAUCCAACAGUCAAGGAAAUUGUUGUUUUUACAAAGGUAUUUACCCUUGCACCCUAAUUCCAACCUCGCAAUCCCCUUGGGAGCGCAGAAUUUUGUGAACUUGACCCUAUCACAUACCAGUGGUGGGCCAAGAGAAGACAUAUCGAUAGCCCAUACCGUGGUACCGUUUCUUCUUACGGCUACCUUCUCAUGAUAAUCCAUUUUCGGAUCAAAGUGGUUAACCCCCCUGUGUUGAUCAAUCUGCAGAACACUACGAUCCCGGAAGACGCACCGCCUGACCAGAUAUUUCAUCAGGGUGGCGAAAGAAGGCAUCAUGUUUGGUAUGCUAAAGAUAUCAUAAAUCUUCCCAAGACCAUGAACCAAAUGCAUGUCGGCCAGAUCCUACAUAGCUUCUUCGAAUACGGUUCACAUAGGUUCCAAUGGGGAAGAGAGGUCAUCUUCCUCCCGACCCAAGGCGGCAUAUUUAAUAAG